AUGGCCAUGACCAAUCCGCCCCCGAUCAAAGCCAAAGGAAACCCAAACACCUCCCCUGAGAACACCGACUUUAGCUACACAAAUCCAAUGUCGUCCAGUGGCUCGGACUUUCCCUGCAAGGGCUAUUUGACCCUCCUGGGUACUCCAGAGGCGACGCCCGUCGACACGUGGAAUGCUGGCGGCAGAUACUCUGUCACCAUCUCCGGCCAGGCCACGCACGCGGGUGGAUCAUGCCAAAUCAGCGUCUCGGUAGACGGCGGCAAUGUGUUCAAGGUGAUUCGCAGCUACAUUGGAGGCUGUCCACGUGGCGAUGCUACCGAACUGGAGUUCAGACUGCCCAUCGACACGCCGUCUUCUGACCAAGCGAUUCUCGCCUGGACAUGGUUCAAUAAUCUUGGGAAUAGGGAGAUGUAUAUGAACUGCGCCGUCAUUCGCAUUGCAGGGGGAGGGGGGAGGGGGGAAGAAGGCAUAGGUGAGGGUUUCAGUGAAAGACCUGAGAUCUUCCGAGCGAAUGUGGGCAACGGGUGCAGGACAGAGGAGUCGAGAGAUGUCAUGAUCCCGAACCCGGGGCCGGAUGUAGAACUCAACAACCCCAAUGCUGCUCCACCGAUCGGUGACUGCGAACCCGGGCCGGGUGCGACAGGGAGGUCGGGAUCGGGCUUGGGCUCCGGUGGCCAGGGAGGCCAAGGCCAAGGCCGCGGUGACGCAGGAACUUACAAACCUGGGAAUGACUGGCCUGCUGGCUUCAACCCGAAUUCCGGCAGGACGAGUGGUAUGAAGCCGACGUUGGCAUGGCUCUGGCUAGGAAAAGCCGACGACAGGUAA